UUUCAUCUGAUAUCGCUUCAUGAUUGUUCUAGACCGUGCUGCUCAGGGAAAGAAAGAAAGUGGCCAAUUUCGCGGAGUCUUGAAUCAACACCGUCAAAUCCACAAACCCACAACUCCACAUAUCCACCUGCACGUCCAUUCCUCGCACUACGUUGACAGAUUGAGAUCGUUCCUUUGACAUCUAGGGCAUAACGGAUAUAAGACGUUCUUUCUAUUCCUUCAUGAUUUGUCAAGUUUCAAUUAUGCAUGCAUCUAUUUGCUUGCUUCGUGCUGCUGCCGACGGCUAUUGAGGAGCGACGAAAACCGACCCGUCCUAGUUCUCAUCAUCGGCGAUAUUAAUGGAGGAGUCAUGCCUUUAAUACCGCAAUCUUGUGGACUCAUUGGGGUCUUGGUUUAAUGAAUUUAAACCGUCUUGUUGGUACGCUGUUGGUUGUACCUCAUUCUCGUGUUCGAGUAGCAUGUAUAUAUAUAUAUAUAUAUAUUGUGGCGGAUUUAUCCUUUACGCCGCAUUUCCCAGCCGCCUUGCUUUUUUAAUUCUUUUCCUCAUGAAAUUCGAUUUGUCGUUAUACGUCCGGCGUCUGUUACUACUUGCAUGGCUAUACCCACAUUCGUACGGAAAUGGCAUGUACAAUUUUCUUCACUUAGAGUUCAUGCUUACGAGUUCUUUCGGUACCAAAUUGUGUACCCAGUAGUGCCAGUCCAGUGCCAGUCCAGUGCCACUGUGACAAGCGCUUGAUGUUGACCUGGAGAUGAUUUUCCGAUAUUGACCAGGGCGAACAGGCAAAGGGGCGGAGAAGACAGGGCAAGACAUAUCAGCGCUUUGAGAUUUCUCCCUGAUCGUUCCACAAGGAUAUGUUUUGAUCGUCGCCUCAAUCAGGAAGUUAAAUUGCGCUCAAAUGGUCUAUCCGGAAUCCUCGUUUCAUCCGAAUUUUUACAAUCAAGUAAAUACGUACCGUACCAUAUUUGUUCCCCUGGACUCCGCUUUUCAACAAUAAUAAUAAUAAGUUGGAGACGACAGCUGAUAUUGCUUGAUCCGUUUGUAGAAGGCAAAGAAAUACGAGCAUCUUUUUGAUAUGUGUCCCAACAUCUAUCAAGCCACCAACAUGCCUUAUGCCCUACACUGAAAUCCAAUCCAACUCUAUUGCAUCCGGACUUCAAAUUUUCAACCCCCUUUCUUUUUUCACCCAAUACGAUCAGAUAUUCGUCAUUAUCGUGAUGAUUUACGGUUUUCACUGACCAUGCCGCACGUACCAGUAUCUUUACAGCGUCUUCACCACAAGGCCACCCACAAACCUGGGGUAUAUAAAAAGAUUGAAUAUUUUCUAUCAAAGCUAAAAAGUACGGUCCAUCAUAGAGAAAGAGUCAAUCUGUGACCACACAACUGACUAUUGGAAAGAAGUUCGGACGCUUCCUGCCCAGGAAGAUGCUCAUAUCUUAGAACCAUGUAAUGGAUUCUUCAAUCUACCAGCGGAGCUUCGGCAUGAGAUUUACUCAUAUCUCUUCAGGAAUUUGAGAUGUCGAGAUGAUGUUUUCUCUGAAGCAGAAUGUCACGACUUUUUCGUCCAUGAGGGAGCAGUUUUGUUCCGUGUGAAUCAUUGGUUCCUGAAUGAUGCGGCUGAAUUCUUGUGUCGGAUGAACCCUCGAUUUAUGUUAUAUCGACCUUCCCUGUGUCGUUUUGUUUUUUCCAUCACAUAUGAUUGUGUUCGGUUUCUGAAGAGUCUGGAAUUGUCAGUUCCAUCUUCCGAGACCAAAUUACUGGAGCCAAUCCUCGAAGAGAUCAUGGCCUCUAAUGCUCCGUUGACCUCACUGACUUUACACCUUACUCCUACGUUUCCGGGAAGCUUAAGUUAUCCAUGGCCAAUGUAUAUCAUUCCUAGACCACAAGUGGAAACACCAGCAAAGGAACAUUUCUACAACAUUCAUCCUCAUUACUUAUCUAUCGAAUAUCAUUCGCAAGCUGCUGUGGAUAAUUGCCAUCGUUCCCCAUUGUUGAUAGGCAAAUUACAAAAUCUUCGAUAUUUAAAGAUUACAGGUCAGCCAGAAUUCGAUAUCAUGUUUGAGCUUGCCAUAGUGAAGCUUCAUCUGGGAAUGAUGGCCGCCGCGAAAUCCGCGGGGACAUAUCUUGCCCUGUCACCGAAUAAUGGACCUCGUGGCGAAGAAUGGUAUUAUGAAAUUUGGAUCAGUCCAACCUCGCGUCACUCAAAGCCAGCAAGUCUUGCGUCGCAUAAGCUGUUAGAGUGCUGAUGUAGACAUCUCAACUUGCACCGAAGGCCUUCGUAGAUUUUAUCUCUGCUAUAAUUAUGUCCAAGCAAUAUGGCUCUUGCUAGUGGCCCAUUUCCUCUGCCUUUUCCAGCAGAGAUGAAAUUCUCUAUAUUCAAACCCCACUUUUGCUUAGUGUCUCUGUCACGUAAGACUAAGGAGAUUAGAUGAAGCUACUGCUUCACACCACUCGAGUAUAUAAACAUUGAAGAAGCGGGCUCGGAGAGUCCUAACUGCUGACCACUUCCGCCCUGGUUCAUUCUUUAUGCAACUUUCGCUGAUAAACAACAGAUCACGAAUCAUCAUCUGAUGAGACCAGUCUGCUGAUUUACGUUGAACA